AACCCACCAAAAUACCACCCAAAUCAGAAGCUAUUAAAGAGCGAAUUACUAGGGCCUCUAAGGCUAUGGAUCAAGAUCCUAGGCUAAGAGGAACGAAGGCUACAGUCCAGUUUGUAGUCCUAUACGAUCGAUUAAUGGCCCGGCGGAGGGGUCGUCCUGCAAGUAACUCUCGAAGUGGAUAUAAUAAAAAACUCUCAGUACUACAAGAUAAGUCUUUAAGAGAUUAUCUCUUGAUACUCUAUACGUCUGGGCGGAGUCCUAACCUGGAAAUAAUUCAGAUAAGUGCCUCCAGGCUAGUUUAUUAUAAUACUAGUAAUAUUAAUUCCUCCAUUGCCUGUAACUACGAGUUCCUAAAGCAAAUUCGAGAGAAACCAAUAUCUGCAAAGCGCCUGAAUAUAUAUAUUAUAGAGGAUAUUAAGGAGUAUUUUACUAAUUUUGAUAAGUAUAGGAGAAAAUAGAGUAUUUAUACGAAGAAUAUAUCUAAUUUUAACGAGAGUGGCUUCCAAAUUAGAGUAGUAACGGGAGAUAUUAUAUACGUACUACUAGAUUACGAAAUAGUAUAUAAUACUAAUCCAGAUAAUCGAGAAUUAGUUAUAGUCAUAGCUAUAAUUAAUUAU